UUGUCAACCUUGACUGGUUAUUCAUAUUUGUGCUCCUGGUUGCCCUGCUGAAUGAUCCAUGCUCCAAACAAUAAGCCAUUUCUUUUAGUUACAUGUGACUGAUUGGUUAUGUUUUUGUUUUGUUUUUCGGUGAAGUCGGUUAUUGACAAGGAAAUGAGAGGGGAUUAUUUGGGAUCGAUGGUUCAGGUUGUGCCACAUAUUACAGAUGCUAUUCAAGAUUGGAACGAACGGGUCGCAGCUAUACCUGUUGAUGGAAAAGAAGGUCCACCUGAUGAGAUAUUGAAUCUAUGUCGUUUAUCAAAGCGCUUGGACAGUUCUCUUACUGCGUUGGAGUCCGGAUCAAAACCGGUGUCGGAAGAGGCGGGUUCGUGAAGGACAUGUAUGUAAAAGGGUUCACCAUGCACACCAUGAAAUGGGCGUUUUGGAUGAUGGGUAACUACGGGUCGCACCUUGAUGACAAAUGGGACCCGAAUGCGAUCCCCAUUAUCUAAAACAUAAACUACCGAGACAUGGUGGCGGGAAAUGUCACCAUGGCGGCUAGAUUGGAGGGGAGGUGAUCCUUUUACGGGGAUUUGUAUAUCGAAUGUGACUAUUGGAAUGUCACAGUUUGCAAAGAAACCGAUAUGGAACUGUACCGAUGUCGAGGGGGUGUCGAGUGAUGUGACACCGCAGCCUUGUGCCGCGUUGCCACCGGUACAGGGUGGAAAAGCUUGUGAUUUUCCGAAGGAGAAGUUGCCAGUUGAAGAUGUUAAAGUUCAUAUGUGUUAUUAUAAACCAAACUACAUUUGAAAUGUAAACUUUUGAUUUCAGUA